AUUCUGAAGGAAUCUUCCACAGAGUGCACUCCGUUAUCAGCCUGAUAAACGAAGUACCGGUCAACGUGGUUUCAUCCACAUUCCACCCAACUUUAUCACUGAAAAAUUUCGUGUAAAGUUUCUGUGUAGUUACUGAACAGGUGUAGGUGACAAUCACAACAAACUGGGACAAAAUGUGUGUUGGAGAUUCAUCUUUUGGAUGUUGUGUGCAGUUUGGCCACGUGCUAAGCGAGGUGUGAACAGGAUUCAGUGACAAGUUGCCAAAAGUGUGAAAAGUUGCGUGGCUGUGAUUGGUCUUGUUGUUGUCAGUGCUAGAUUGUACAAAACAGUCUUGUCAGGGUGGAAUUAGUUGACCAUCCGAUUGGGCCCUGUGAUAAGAUGGAGGCCACCUAUUGCAUAGGAACCGACGUGGAUGUUUGCAGGAUGUUCGACCAAUAUUUAUACAAGCGGAGUGAAAAUUUAGAUCUCUCCUUAUCCGUACCUCAUGGCCUGCAUAAUGGCUACACCAUGACUGACCAGACAUUCCACACGCCCAGUUUUGGGGAUGAAGAUUUUGACAUUCCUCCAAUAAAUCCCCAAAGCUCUCAUGGUCAUCCCCAGGCCAAUAUGGGAUCCUAUCACCAAACACCUAUGUCGAUGCCUAUGAGCCAGACCACAGACACCAUGUCAAUGAACAACAAUCACAGCAAUCCGUCAGGUUACCAGCAACCAUUGUACUUGAACCCAUCACAGGAGCACAACCAUAAUCACAACCAUAAUCACAGUCACAAUCACAACCAUAAUCACAACCACAACAGUCACAUGGGAAUUAAUGUCAGUGCGAGUUACAGCACAUCAUCACACCCUCAACCAACCUACUCACAAAUCCACAUGAUGCAUCAGCAUCAACAACAGCAGCAACAACAACAACAACAACAACAACAUCAACAGCAACAACAGCAACAGCAGCAGCAACAACAGCAGAAUCAGCAACAACAGCAACAACACUACAACAUGGGACCACCUUACGUGAGGUCACCACAGGGCAGCUCUCCACCCGGCUCACACACGCACACACACCCGCACGCGACACCCGGUGGUGGAGGAGGUGGAGGAGGGGGAGGAGGAGGACACGAGAACACCACCACCAGUGAGGACAGUGAUGACAGCACCCCUCAUCCUGCCGUCAUGGUGGGAAUGAAGAGACCGUCUCCUGAACCAACCGAUAGUAGUCUUGCCAAGAUUCAGAAGAAGCCCAAACCUCAAAAGAAGAAGAAGAAAAGGGACCCUAAUGAGCCCCAAAAGCCAGUUUCCGCUUACGCGCUCUUCUUCAGGGAUACUCAGGCGGCUAUCAAGGGUCAAAACCCAAACGCGAGUUUUGGAGAGGUGUCGAAAAUCGUCGCAUCAAUGUGGGACUCGCUUGAUGCUGAACAUAAAAAUGUUUACAAGAAAAAGACUGAAGCGGCAAAGAAAGAUUAUCUGAAGGCUUUAGCUGCGUACCGAGCAAGUUUAGUCUCAAAGGGGGCAAGCGAACCAGAAAACAUCUACGGUGGAUAUGGUGGUUACGGAGGGGCAUACAGCGGGUACUCACCCCCCGCGGGACUCCCUUCACCCCCUAUGUCGGCCCCGUCUCCCCAGCAGCAGAUGAACGGCAUGAACAAGAAGCCUCUCAUGAUGCCUGACAAUAGGCCCCAAUGCCAAAACACUCAACAGACACCUCAGAGUAUGAUGGCUGGCAUGAUGGCGAAUCAGCAGCAACAGCAGCAUCAACAACAGCAGCAGCAGAUGCAGCAGACUCAAGUUCCCCCCCAGUCCCCCCAGGGCAACCCGAGCGGCCCCUACAUGCAACAGCAGCAACAACAGAGACGUGUUCACAUCAUGGGUGGCAUCGAAUCAAAGUGCGGGAGCGGGGGCGGGGGCGGUGGCGGCGGUGGCCCCAAGCUAAUGGAGAGUGGUGAGGUGGGAGAUUACUCGUCUCUGCUGCUGGCGCCAAUCUGGACUUUCCUCUAAAUAAUAAUCGUACAAUCAUCAAUCACUCCCUCGCAUAUUAUUAUCAUAAAUAUGUUAGCGACACACACUCGUUCUACUACUGUUCUUUUAAGACAAGUGAACUUCAACUAUUUAUAAAAUGUAUGCUUUAAGAACACUGAACCGUCUUUAGCGAUGAAUGAUACUGUUGAUUGUAAGAUAUUAUAUAGAUAUAUAAUAGUUUCCAACAUUUUUAAAAACAAGUUAAAAUUUCGGGUCUGAGAUUAUAAAUUAUUGUAUAUUUAAUAAGAAAACCAUUUAAUAAAAUGCCCAUCGUUGCAUGUAUAUCCUUUCCGUUUUUUGUUAAUUGAUAUAUAUAUAUGAACAUUUACGUACAAUAUUAUAUAUUUAUAAAGGCUACUACAUACUCUAUUGGUAGCAAUUUGUAGGUAGUAUUGUAUUCUCCUAUCAGAGAUAAACUAUUAUGAUUUGGGAGAUUUCUGAGUGUAAAUUUUAGAUCGAUAAAAAGGUUAAGAAGUGUAUGCUAGUGAAGAUAGCUAGCUGGCUAUUACACGCUCAUGAUUGUUGUUAAUUUAAUUUCAAGUUGAUGUAAAUUAUUAUACAUACUAUAUGAAUAUUAUAUGAAAACUAUUAUAAUGAAAAGAAACCUUUUUUAAUAAUAUUAGAGAAGAAAUAUCGAGGUAUUUAACGGUUACAUAGUAAUGAUAAAAAGAGAAUAUUCUGGUUAAUAUGUAUCGUUGCUGACUGCAAACUGCCUACUAUUAUUAUUGACAUAUUAUUUGUUUAAUACUAUGGAAUACAUACAGUAUUAAAUAAUGUAGCAAUAAUAAAAUGACUCAUUUCUUCUCAUUGUAAAAUAAAUUAGGUGAUAAGUAGUUGUUAAUUUGUUACAUUAUUUUAUAAAUUGUUUUAGUUGUUUGUACGUUCUUGAUAUGUAUUGACUUGUGAAAUUUUUAUGUGAUUGGCAUGUUGCAUUCAGUAACGACCCUGUAUACAAAUAUUAGUAGGUGUAGGCAAUAAGAAGCAGAUAAGAACAAUGUAAAUUACUUGGUUAUGGCUAUACGAGCUGUUUGUGUGACACCCAUCAGUCGACUUCCCUCGCCUCUUCUUACCACCACACAGAGUGAUACUUUCAGAAUUUAUGGUACAAAUAAUGCUCUUGUUGAUUUUUAGUAAAUUUCACCAUUUUAUUUUGUUACCUUUUUUCUGAUAAGCUAUUUUAUCUCUGAAAGUAAGAUCUCUUUUAUGAACGCGUCACCGCGCGAAAGAAGAUUCGCGUCUCAUUUAUCAUCUACAUCUUAAUUGUCUUUUUGACUUGGAAACGCAUAAAAAACGCGUGCGUGAAAAUGAUCUGAUAUUGGAAUGUUUCUCCUAUAUAGUCAGAAACGUAUCAACUUAGCAUCAUUAUCAUGUUAGUUGCAAUAUUUACAUUUUUGUUCCGAUUAUUUCCUUUGUAGUAUCCUACAAAUUAUUUUCGAAUUAUGAAUUUGUUUAGAUAAAAGCUACACAUUCUUCUAUUCAAUAUUAUCGAAAGAAGAAUGUAACUUGUAUAUAAAUAAAACUAUGAAAGAUAUAUUGUACAGCUUCAUUAUUGGAUUCUUAUACAUGUAUACUACCAUCAAUUUUCAGCAGAUUUAAUACAGGGUAAUCGGAUUGAUGGCAAUUUCAAAAUGAACAGAUCAUUUCAGAAAGAGUCCAGAGUAGCACUUCUCUCCAGUUCAAAUACCAAUAAUAUUAUUGUUUGUAAUUCAGGAUAGAUUCAUUGUAAAAUACUAUUCUUUUCAAUAUCAAUACAAGUGUGUAAGUUGCAGUACAGUAACUGUUCAGGAUUAGUCUUCUAAAAAGCUGUUUCCAAAUGUUUAUUGUUGGUACGGUACAUGUAUGAGAAAAGGAAAGACCAGGUCUCAGUUAUUUUAGAUGUAAAUUGUAAGCAUAAUAAAAAACAAAUUCAUUUAA